AAUCGAGCACAACGUUGUUCCUCGUUUUGGUUUUCAGCCCUGCCUCUGUGUCUCCUCUCUCUCUUCUGUGGAAACUCCCCCGAGAAACACGCCCUCGCUGGGCAGAGGUAGAGAGAGAGAGAGAGGUCUUCACACUCUUGAAGUCUUCGAGUCCAAGGUAGAGCGUGAAUCUCUCUGAUCCAGUCUUCAUCGGAGUAAAAUUGCAGCUUUGCUUUCAACAUUAUUGUAAUUCUUCAGGGUGUUUAAAGUGUUAACAUUUAGAUACAUAUGUAUAUAUAUGCACAACAGUUGAAUUGCGCUACAAGAUUAUAAAGAAGUUUUUCAUUUACCCAAUUAUGGAGCCCCUGUGGAAGCUAGCAUAUCUGUUGGAGCCAGCUCCACUUACUCUUAUUUUCACUGCAAUAGCUGUGACAUCUGGAUCGGCUUUUCGAGCCCUAAAUUAUGGAAAAGAAAUGGAGCGAAACCGUGAUUUUUCAGAAGCAUCCAUUACUUUAGAUAGGUCCCAAGCACUGAUGAUUCCGAUAAUGAGCUCUUUCAGCCUGCUGUUGAUGUUCUAUCUGUUCUCUUCUGUCUCACAACUCCUCACCGCUUUCACUGCCAUUGCCUCCGUAUCAUCCCUUUACUUCUGCAUAUGGCCUUACAUUGCCCAUGUCAAAUCACAAUUUGGUUUGUCUGACCCUUUUGUGUCACGGUGUUGUUCCAAACCAUUUACCCGAAUCCAGGGGCUUUUAGUGUUGCUUUGCUCUGGUAUUGUUGCAGGUUGGCUGGUUUCUGGACACUGGAUAUUGAACAACUUGCUGGGAAUUUCUCUCUGUAUUACAUUUGUGAGCCACGUGCGCCUUCCCAACAUCAAAAUUUGUGCUAUGCUUCUUGGUUGUUUGUUUUUGUACGACAUAUUCUGGGUUUUCUAUUCUGAGAGGUUUUUUGGUGCGAAUGUCAUGGUUUCGGUGGCAACGCAGCAAGCAUCUAAUCCUGUUCAUACAGUGGCUAAUAGUUUGAAUCUUCCUGGAUUGCAACUGAUUACGAAAAAGCUGGAGCUUCCAGUCAAAAUUGUCUUUCCUAGGAAUUUAUUUGGUGGAAUGGUUCCUGGAAGUAGUGCUGUUGACUAUAUGAUGCUUGGUCUUGGCGACAUGGUAAUUGUUGCUAUGCUUCUGGCCUUGGUUCUAUGUUUUGAUCAUAGAAAGAGCAGGGAUUCUGUGAAUCCAUUGGAGGAUUUGACUUCCUCCAAGGGGCACAAAUACAUAUGGUUUGCCAUUUCUGGAUAUGCAAUUGGAUUGGUAACUGCUUUAGCUGCUGGCAUUUUGACUCACUCACCCCAACCAGCACUUCUGUAUCUGGUACCGUCUACUCUGGGACCCAUAAUCAUCCUUUCUUGGAUAAGAAAUGAGUUAAUGGAGCUGUGGGAAGGAACGACGACACCAAAUAUGAAUGAUAAAAUUCAUUUAACCGAAGUUUAAGCUGCGGUCUUCAUCAUCCAGCUACAAAUCAGUAGCUCUUGCAGAGCCAAUUUAAAGUGUAAAAUUUCUUGUGAUAGUUCUUCUACGCUUCCUGAACAAACUUUGAUGGGAAAAAUAGUUAUUUGUUUAAAGUUGAAAUUUCUAUGACCUUUUGGACUACAAAAAUGUUGCCAAUCCUCCAAUCUCAGAUUCUCAAUAAUACACAUAACAUGCAUCUCUAUCAUUCUA